AUGCUGCAGGGGAAGAAUCAAAGUGUCAACUGGAAGAGACUAAUUUGUAAUAACCAGGCAACUCCUAAAAGCAAGUUUAUCUUAUGGCUGGCUUUACAUAAUAGACUUGCUACUAGAGAUAGGUUAAGCAAGUGGAAUGUCCCUUGUAGAAUAACUUGUAGCCUAUGUGAUUGUGCUAACAAAAGUGUUCAGCACUUGUUCUUUGAGUGCUCUUAUGAUGCAGCUAUUUGGAGAAGUGUAUAUCAUAUCAUACAUAUCACAAGUCAGGGUAACACUUUUGAGCAAGAGUGUAGCAAAGCCAUUGCUAAAGCAAGGGGUAGUACUAGAGUUGCCAGGAUUUAUAUUACGAGCUUCACUGAAACAGUAUAUGCACUAUGGAAACAAAGGAAUCACAAGAUUUUUAAUGGGAGAUGUGCUAAUAGCAAUCAAGUAGUUAAGGAGGUCAUUUUUAAGGUUGCUUGUUUGUGUAAAGAAGAUGAUGGAAAGCUGUUAAUUUACUAA